AACGGUUGACUUUGGACAGAAAUUCUAGAUGCGUCAUGGCCGACGAAUAUUGCAAUAUCUUUUUUGUGGUCGAUUAAUUUGUAAACAUGUCUGAUACUAAGCUUCCAAACCCAAACUCUGAAGACGUUGUUGAAGAAGAGCUGAGAAGGUUACACCUACCAAACGAAACAGAAACUAUUCCUGCCGAAUCUCUGUCGAAGCAAGAAUCUGCUGAGGAGUUGUGCGAAAUAUGGAAUCGGUGCUUGGUAACGCCGCCCCAAAGCCGUGUAACAUCAUCCCCUGUUUUUAAGACAAUAACCUCUGUGUACAAAACAAGUUCUUUAAAAUCACGACACUCGAGUACCAAACCUUUGUUGAGGAAAGCCCGAUUGCAAAUUGUGAAGAAGUCAAAGUACCUAAGGAAACCCAAGCUUAACUUCAUAAAGUUCAAAGAUCAAGGGGCCUUCAUUGCAUCUGAUGAUGCCUUCAGAGAAAGUGACACCAGGAAUCAAAACUCGCCUGUAGUUCAGUCAUCGUGUUCUCAGCAAGCACUACACCCAUGCCCUCAUGAAGAUGACACAACCAUAGAAGAAUUGGCAGCCUAUUUUGAAUGCAUCGUUUACAUCCCCAGAAAGAUGUCACAAAUGGCUGAGAUGAUGUAUACAUAG